UGCUCUACAAGAGAAAGCGGUACGCAAUCUGCCUUUGGCUAGUAUUUUUUUUUUCCCCUUCAAAAGAAAACAACCCUUCUGCUCCGUUCCCACCCCAACUUGCCAUUCCGUGUUUCUUUCUUUCCUUCUCUCUCUCUUCCCCUCUGCCGCUGCCUGUUGGUUAUUACCCCAAGUGGUUUCUUUCCUCUCAUAUGAAAGUUUGGCAUUUUCUUCGAUUGACACGAAUUGUUGGUGGACAAAGACGAUCUAGUUGCUUGGUUCGGAGCUGAUGGGGCGGCUUUUUGUGGUGAACCUUGAAGGGAAGAUCUAUAGUUGCAAGCACUGCAGAACCCAUCUUGCUCUUUGUGAAGAUAUUGUGUCAAAGGUAGCCCCUUUUUCAUUCGAUGGAGAAGUGAUCUUGUCUCUGUGCCAUGAUCUCUUGGAAUUCUCAUCUGGGUUUUUGUUUGAUUAAGUAGGUAUUUUGUUCCGUCGGAAUAAUUUUAUGGUGUGAAAUUGGCUGUAGAUGAAGAAGUUGUUGAUGAUUGAAUUCGAGCACUUUCGGAGUAGGACUGUUAGUUUUCAACCACAUUUAUGAUUAGGUAGACUGACUAGAUAGGCUUGGGGAUUGCUAAAGACUUCAGUGAAUUGAUCUGCCAUAUAGUGCAGCAGAAUGCACUCAAUUUGGGUGAAAAAUAUUGUUCCUUGAUCUUCACUAGUAAAUGGGUUCACAGAAUAAUUUCUGUUGAUUGAAGUUCACUGUACAGAAUGACAAGGUAGGUGAAUCAGAGCUUUUGCUGGUGUAGGUUAUUGCUUUUCUUCCGAGCAUUACCUGAUUGUUCUGAUGCAGAAACUUAUAACUGUAUCGCGGUUAUUUGUUCAUUUUCUGCCAAAGUUAGACCCUUGGUGCUUUGGGUUCAUGGUGGAAAUUGCAAUGGAAUCAGUCAGUGGUUUUGGGAGUAGUUUAUACUUCUGAUGAGUUCAUUACUACAAUGCCACAGCUUAAGUGCAACAUUGUAAGCGAUAGAUUAUCUCAUCUCCGUAUUUGAUAGCUGUAGAGCUUCGGUCGUUCAUUGUCUGAUCGGAUAGUAGCCUGGCAUCUGAUGAACCAUUAAUUGGAUACUGCAAUUGCAUACCAAUGUGCUGCAUAAACCUUGGAACAUUUGUUCUUCAACCAUUUGGUUUUAGAUUUUCCUUUUGAUAUGGUACCGUAUUGUGCGUGUUUUUCACCUCUCGUUGAGGUUGAGGGUAUUGGAAGUAUGGAUGUGCACAAUUUGAAAUUAUCAGUUCUGCAUUUGAUGUGUUUAAGGUCCCCACGAGUAUUCUUUGUAUGUUAUUUGGAAGUGAGGUUCUGACUACUUGUCAUGCCUGUGUGUCUUUUCAGUCUUUCCACUCCAGGCAUGGGAAAGCUUAUCUCUUCAGUAAGGUAGUGAAUGUCACUAUGGGAGAGAAAGAGGAGAGAAUGAUGAUGACCGGGAGGCAUACUGUUGUUGACAUCUUCUGUGUUGGGUGUGGAUCAAUUGUGGGUUGGAAAUAUGAGACCGCCCACGAAAAGGCACAGAAGUACAAGGAAGGAAAAUCUGUCCUCGAGCGGUUUAAGGUGUCUGGCCCUGAUGGAAGCAGUUACUGGGCCAAUCAUGAAGUUUCGCAGCAUGUCGGCGGGAGUGAUGCUGAUGAUGUUUGAUAGUAUGCUGUCUUAACCAUCUGUUACCAAUUGUACAUUCCUAUCUCCCUCCUAAUUUCCUCAUUGUAACUCCUGCAAGAAUUAAACCAACCUGCACAUUCAAACAACUCUGGGGAACUUGAUGUCAGAUAGCUUGGGUGCAAGAAAACAUUGGAUUGUUGAUUCAUGAUGUAUUAUUAGUUCUUGUCCUUUCCUCAUUUAAAUGUGAAUAUUAUGAUAUUUCAUUUCUGAAUCCCUGAAACCGUCUUAUCUUGUAUUUGUGUUGAUGAUCAUGUUCAUGUACAGGUUUAGCCAUGUCAUUUACACAAUGCAGCACAUGCACAGCUAAUAGCAGCAGUGUCAUGCUACAAGGCAAUUCAAAAAACAAUUGAAUGUUGGACUAAUAAACUAUUAAAAUACUUUUUAAUAUAUGGGGUGAUGUAAAGUUACUUAAAAUUUCAAAUGUAAAACAAAAAAUGUUAGAGUGGAUAUUAUUUAAACUAAUUAAUAUUAUUUUCUAAACUAAUUUAGUUAUAACUAAUAUAAAAUGAAAGAAACUACAUUUUCU